UAGUUUCUUGCUAGUGUUCCUUAGUUUUAAAAUUUCUCUGGUUUUUUAUAUGGGCUUUUACUCUGAAUAUUUAGGAAACAGUCUUAAUCUUCUAUAGGGGGUCACAAAACAGACUAAUAGGUGUUUCUUCAUGGGUGUUGGGUAGAUGUUAUGAUUAAGUGUCUAGGUUUUCUUUUUGAUGCAAUUGUAUAUCUACUUUUUAUCUCUUCCUCCUCUCUUGUGAAGGAUUCAACAUGUUGUUCAAACAAGCAACAUUAUUUAGCUGCUAAGGGAUACCAUGGAGAUUUGUUUUCAUUUCAGGGUUGAAAAGGUGUGCUAUAAAUUGUGAUGGCCAGCCUGCCUCUCUUCCUGACCUGAUUUGAGAUGUUCACACUGAGAUUCUAAGUUCAUAUUUUAUGAAGAUUGCCAAUUUUUAUGUUAAAGACUGUGUUUUAUGUUAUGGUUGCCUAACAUUAUCAAAUUGCAGGUCAUUGUUCUGACGGAGGAACUUCUUGCAACUGCGAAGCAGAAUGAGACUCCUGGAUCAGAUAUUGGGACAAAAUCUAGUGCAUCCCCCAUUUUGCCUGAACACAAUGAAUCAACAAGCAUCUCUGAUCAAUAUGAUAGGUUUCCUAUUGGUACAAAAGUUCAAGCUGUAUAUAGUGAAGAUGGGGAAUGGUAUGAUGCAACAAUUGAGGAUCAUACUCCAAUUGGCUAUUUUGUUUCUUAUGAUGAAUGGGGCAAUAGAGAAGAGGUGGAUCCUGCCAAUGUAAGACCGGCUGAAGUUAAUGCUUUACUGGAAGCAGAAAAAGUUGCUGAGGCUACAAAACAAGCCAUCAAAAGGAAAAUUGAACAAGCUGCUUCUGUCGACUUUCAGUCGCGAAGUAUGCCAGCAAAGCUUCGUAUAAAUUCAGAUGACCCAGAGGAUGUGAAAGCUGCCAAGCGCAAGAAGAUACAUUCUUUUAAAUCGAAGAUGCGUUUUGAGCAGCUUGAAGUUGUACAGAAUAAGCGGCAGAAUGCAUGGCAGCAGUUCCAGACUGCUAAAGGCAGCUCUAAAAAGAUUGGCUUCUUCUCAGGGCGCAAACGAGAGAGUAUUUUUAAGUCUCCUGAUGAUCCCAACGGUAAGGUUGGUGUGACUGGAAGUGGGAAGGGGUUGACAGAGUUCCAAAGGAGGGAGAAGCACUUACGCCUUAAAAAUGGAGCUGCGGAAAGUGACGAUUAGACUGAUAAAUCUUUGUUUUUAGUGUAAUUUUGCUUCUUUGCCAGUUGAUACAGUAGUAGUAUGGGCCCUGGUUGUUACAACUCUGGUCGAUAUGUUGUAACGUCGGUGGCGGAGGAGUCUUAUCAGUGAUAUUUAGUGCAUAGCAUGUCUUUGUUAACACAGUAAGUGACCAAGUGUUUAGAUAUCACUGAUCGUGUUAGGCGUAAAGAUGUUUUUAUGUAUGCGUUUUUGCUUCUUUGUAGACAUUUUAUUGUCGACGUGAUUCACUAGCUUGUACCAAAGGUCUUGAAAAGAAAGAAGCACAUAAACUUUGAGAUA